UGGUUCGAGUAAACGACAAGGUUGUGGGUAAGCAGUAGAGACACCGUCUUUGGCCAUUUCAGGUGACAGCCGUCAUCGAUGCUUGCCGCUCGAUGGCAUCAAGGACAUGUUUUUAGCCUCAUCCGGAGGCGCAUCGGCUCCUCCUCCUUCGGCGGCAUCACCAACCCCCAAAUUUCCACCUCAAAAGCCGUCUCCCAUCGCCCAUACACCCUACUUUGUUGUGAUUGGUUCCCAAGGACGAGGAAUGGAAAUGGGAGCAGGCGACGGGGUUGCUGACGGGGGGAUGAGCGGCAUGACGCCCCCUCCCGGUGGCAUGCCCACCUCGUGCAUGGGCAUGAUGCACAUGACCUUCUUCUGGAGCACCCGCGCGCAGAUCCUCUUCUCCUGCUGGCCCGGUGACCGAGGCGCCGGCGCGUACGUCCUCGCCCUCUUCCUCGUCGCCGCCGCCUCCGCCCUCGUCGACUGCCUCUCCGCGGCCCUCCACCGCCUCUCGCGGGGGGACCGCGUCUCGCUCGCCCUCCUCCGCACCGUGCUUCACGCCGCCCGGAUGGGCCUCGCCUACCUGGUCAUGCUCGCCGUCAUGUCCUUCAACGUCGGCGUGCUCAUCGCCGCCAUCGUCGGCCACGCUCUAGGGUUCCUCCUCACCGGGAGCGGGCUACUGAAGCGGGCGGGGCCCAGUAGUAACGGGCUUAUGAUGAAAUAGGAUGAAUUUAAUGUGUCUUCAAGUCCGUCCAUUAUUUACGAAGAUGCUUGUGUUAGCCACUUGGCUUGUAUUUGUACCAAUCAAUGUAUGCUUGUUUUAGACUC